UUGGACAUCUUGGCACGAGGGCGGGUUAUGGACGCACCGUGGUUGGCCGUCUAUCAUGUUACACGUGGUUCCAUGGGGACAGUGGACGUCAUUGCAAGAAGGUCGCCUGAGGGACGUCUUGGUUUGGACGCACCGGGGCCAACCGUCGACCAUCUGGCACGUGGUUCCCUUCUGGCAUUGGAUGUCACCGCAGGAGGGACGGUUUUGGACACAUCGGGGCCAACCGUUGACCAUGUUGCACGUGGUCCCUUGGGGACAGCGGACAUUGCUGCAAGAAGGUCGCCUGAGGGACGUCUUGGUUUGGACGCACCGGGGCCAACCAUCGACCAUUUGGCACGUGGUUCCCUUCUGGCAUUGGAUGUCCUGGCAGGAUGGUUGGUUGUGGACACACCGUGGUUGGCCAUCUAUCAUGUUACACGUGGUCCCUUGGGGACAGUGGACAUCGUUGCAAGAAGGUUUCCUGACGGUUAUCUUGGUUUGGACGCACCGGGGCCAACCGUCGACCAUCUGGCACGUGGUUCCCUUCUGGCAUUGGACGUCCUGGCAGGAGGGCGGGCUGUGGACACACCGUGGUUGGUCGUCCAUCAUCUGGCACGUGGUCCCUUGGGGACACUGGACGUCAUUACAAGAAGGUGGUCUCGAGGACGACUUGGUUUGGACGCACCGGGGCCAACCGUCGACCAUCUGGCACGUGGUUCCCUUCUGGCAUUGGACAUCAUGGCAUGAGGGCGGGUUAUGGACGCACCGUGGUUGGCCGUCAAUCAACUUGCAUGUGGUCUCCUGGGGACAGUGGACGUCGUUGCAAGAAGGUCGCCUGAGGGACGUCUUGGUUUGGACGCACCGGGGCCAACCAUCAACCAUCUGGCACGUGGUUCCCUUCUGGCAUUGGACGUCCUGGCAGGAGGGCGGGUUAUGGACGCACCGUGGUUGGUCGUCCAUCAUCUUGCACGUGGUCCCUUGGGGACACUGGACGUCAUUACAAGAAGGUGGUCUCGAGGACGUCUUGGUUUGGACGCACCGGGGCCAACCGUCGACCAUCUGGCACGUGGUUCCCUUUUGGCAUUGGACGUCCUGGCACGAGGGCGGGUUAUGGAGGCACCGUGG